UUCCAGCUCUAAUUUCGUUGCGAAAAAAAUUAGAAUCGAGGCAUCGGCACGGACGUAUAAAACUGCAAUUCGAAGAAUACACGCACAGAUUGUGGUUCUUGGCAGGCACAGACUUUCAGGGCGUGUGACAGCGAUUGCUAGUGCAAAUUACCCGUUCCCAGGCAAAGUGACACAGGCAGAGGCAUCAGGAUGAGCGCACCUGGCAUGGACAAGAGAAAACUCUCGACAUCUGGCGACUCGCUUUACGAGAUCCUAGGACUUCCGAAGACAGCCACCGGAGAUGAUAUUAAAAAGACUUACCGGAAACUCGCACUCAAAUACCAUCCCGACAAGAACCCGGACAAUGUGGAUGCGGCUGAUAAGUUCAAGGAAGUCAACCGGGCCCACUCGAUAUUGAGCGACCAGACGAAGCGCAACAUAUACGACAACUACGGCUCUUUGGGCUUGUACAUAGCCGAGCAGUUUGGCGAAGAGAAUGUCAACGCAUAUUUCGUGGUCACUUCACCGGCUGUAAAGGCGGUGGUUAUCUGCUGUGCCGUGAUCACUGGAUGCUGUUGUUGUUGCUGCUGCUGCUGCUGUUGCAACUUCUGCUGCGGCAAGUUCAAGCCGCCGGUCAACGAGUCGCACGACCAGUAUUCACAUCUGAAUCGCCCCGAUGGCAAUCGAGAGGGCAACGAUAUGCCACCGCAUCUGGGACAGCCGCCACGCCUUGAGGACGUUGAUCUAGACGACGUUAACUUGGGUGCGGGCGGAGUCCCCGUUACCUCACAGCCGCGCGAACAGGCCGGAGGCCAGCCUGUUUUCGCCAUGCCGCCGCCCAGUGGAGCCGUGGGAGUCAACCCCUUCACCGGCGCCCCUGUAGCAGCUAACGAGAAUACGUCGCUAAACACAACGGAGCAGACCACUUACACGCCAGAUAUGGUUAAUCAAAAAUAUUAGUCAAGUGCUGCGAGCGAGUCAAGACCCGGGUGCAUGCGUACACCACACAUUCAGAUACAGACACAGAAAAUACAAGCCCCUAAAUCGUAACAGAAGAGAAAACCAGAUUUAUUUUAUAAUUAUUAGUGUUUUUAAGAUGCGCGAUAUGUUGAAGCGAGUAAACAUAGAAACCAAUGUAUUUAUUUUAAGCCGUAGCACUUAGCUCUAAUUUUAAACUAUCGAACUUCGUGGCCGCCCUCCGGUCAGUCAGGUUGAUCUUGGUCCACUUCGGGCAAUCGAUUCACCAAUUCCAUUGUUCAAGCCAUGCAUCUAGCCUGGCAGCUGUACCACUAUACCACUCGAAUCGAUAGCCAAGCCGCGCAGCCACCAACACCACCUAUCCAGCCAUGCUAAAACACCAAAACACCCUGCGGUGUUGAUGAAAUUGUAUAUCGGAAGUUAGUCUAGACAUUUGCUUGGGGAUCGGAUCCCUUCCGGCUUAGCCCGUGAGUUGGGAUUCAGUCGCAAAGAGAGGCACUGUAAUUAUAUAUAUGUAUAUGAUAUGUGUAUCUAGUUUGCAUUUGUGUCGUCGCUUAGUCUAGCUAAAUUGUUCGCGAGAUCGCCUCUUCACCGAUUGUUUCUGUUAUUUUGCACUAAAUUGUUAAAGCCAGAACUACUUAUGUAAAAAGGAUGAAUUGUCGAGCGACGCGCCCAGCAGAUUGCUCCGAUCCGAUUCUAAUGCAAAUGUAAAUACGAGUUAAACGAUUAAGCAUCACACAGUUAAACAGAGGAGGACGAAGAAGAGGACACUGUGAAGGGCGAACUAAUUAACGCAAAGAUAAAUUAUAUAACAGAUAUUAAUAAUCCCCUCUAUAUAUAUAUAACAAUUAAAUACGAGUAAUCAAAAGUUGAAUUGUAACCCCCGAAAGUAUUGCACAUAUGUAUGUAUUCCAAAUUGUUUCAAAAUUGAAUUGUAUCUAUUUGAUUUUUGUUUGAUUGUUAACCCGCUUUUAAAUGUAAAUGAAUGCGAUUAGUCCAGCAGUAAUUACCUUUUAUAUAGUAGUAUCCCAUUCUAAAUCAUUGACAUCAAUUAUUGCCGAUCAGCUCCGGGCCAGGAUAAAAGUCCUUGGGCGCCGUGAUCUUGGGCCGGGAUCCGAGGGUCGCCGGCUCAUCUAUAGUAUAAACACGCAUACAUAUAUAAAAUUCAAUUAUUGAUAAUUACAUUUAACGGUCUUGCGUGUGUAUUUAUUGUUCGUACAAGUCAAAGCAAAAAUACUAAGUAAACUAAAUUUAAACUUAACAAUUGUUUCCAAAUUUCAAUUGUAUUCUGGUCUAACGCGAAGAAGCCGAAAUAAAUUUACUAUACAAACUCA